UUAUUUUGCCUGGGCUCGAUCGAUGCUAUCCGCUUUGACUAGCAGAGUCUCCUGAGCAGUGCAUGGCUGAGUUGUGGAGCUUCACAGCGAUUUAAAGCUGACCGUCAGACAGCAUGGGUCGGCGCUCGUCUGAUAGUGAGGAUGGCGGUCGGAGCAGGAGGAAAAGGAAACAGCGUCGAAGGUCAUCCUCCUCCUCCUCCUCUUCGUCUUCAUCCUCCGGCAGCAGGGUGACCAGCAGCCGGAGCAGAAGGUCCAGUCGCCGCAGCCGCUCUCGCUCCAAAGACAGAGAAAGAGACAGGAGGAGAAAAAGACGCUCCAGCAGCAGUUCGUCCCACAGUUCGUCUCGCAGGAGGAGGAGUCGCAGCGCAGAGAGAGACAAGGGGAGGAGCCACCGCUCACACAGGUCACGCAGCCGAGACAGGAGGUCUCACUCUCGCCACCGGCGGUCUCGCAGUAAGAGCAGCAGCCGGCGAGGGACCCAAAGCCGCAAAAGGAGCAGCAGCCGCAGUCGGCGGAGGAGCCGCAGCAGAGAGCGGGACCGGAGCCGGCGCAAGGGCCGCGAUCGGGACCGGGAGAAAGACAAGGAGAGGGAGAGAGGAAGAGACAGAGAGGACAAGAGUAAAGCCAAGGCAGACAAAAAGGGGGACGCCGCGAACAUCAAAGGAAGAUUAGAACAUCUGACUCCAGCAGAGCAAGCUAAAGUCCGGAUGCACUUGGUCCUGCAGGCUGCUGCUAAAACGGACGAGGUGCUGAAGGCCAAAGUAGCCAAGAGAGAGGAGGAGGCCCGGAAGAAACUAGAGGAAGAGGGAACUUCUCUGGAGGAGCAAGUGCGAAGGAUAAAGGACAUUGAGGCCAUCGAGAGUGAUUCCUUUGUUCCUCAGGCUUUCAAAUCAUCCAGGGAUGAUAUAAAGACUGAGCCGGCGGAGGUGAAGCAGGAGUCGGAGAGCGCAGAUUCUCAGGAUGUCUCUCUUCCCUUGUCCAUCGUCUACAGUGACAUUGACACGCUCGCCCAUCCCACUUUGUUCAUGGACAAGGAGAGGGCCGAGGACCUGUGGCACAGCAGGUUGAUCUCGCUGCGACAGGAGAGGCUCAUGGGAAGUCCUGUGACCUGAUGGACACCAGAAGAUCCGUUCUGUUCAAGUUUCAACUUGUCAAUCUGUCUCGUUUUUGGACAUUACAUUGUUUCUUACUUUACCCUUCCACUAAAAUGUCCUUAUUCAAAAAAAAAAACUUGUAAGAACUUUAGCAAAUGAACUGAUUUUGGUCCUGUUGUGGUUAUUGUUUUAGUAAUGUAAAUGUGAUUCAGCUACACAAUCUGCUGUUCUUAAUUUGGCUUCAUUUAUUUUAAUGAAGGAGGGAUAAGGUGAUGUGUUUUACGAUAGUAGAUGUAGCAUUUGAUACAUUUUGUCUUUUGUGUUCAACAUGGAAAAUAAAGAUUGCUGUGAUUUUUUUUUGGAGUGAAA